UUACCAGCUGAUGAAAGCAACAGCGAUGCUUUUGUCUGCAUUCAAGCUGGAGCAUAUCUUAGGAAGAUCUCAAUGAUCCUGCUGCUUUGUUUUCUUUUCCAUGUUAUUUCUCCCUCUUUUUAUUAUUUUGAAUUGAUCUUCUAGUUUAUUUUAUUUAUUAUGUUUACAAAAGUGAAGUGGAGAUGAGACCUCUCAUUGAAAUAAUGCCUGGUUGAUUAGUAGUUAUAAUUUUUAAUAUGUUUGUAUUGGUCACAUUUUUUUCAAUCUGAUGUUCAGUCAAAUGCAACUUGUAUCGUCAAAUUCAAAGGAAUUCAUCCCUCGUGUAAAAUAAAAUAAUGGCUAGCAGUUUAUCAAUGGUGCGAGCUGCUGCUAUUGUUUGUUUCUUACUAUUCAUAAUUUCUUUGUUAAUAAUUGGUUACCUUUGCCCUGAUAAUGUUUGUUCUCUCACCAACUGGUCUUUCUCCGAGUCAAGAUACAAAUUAUGGACUAGGUAUAGUUUAAGGCACAUACCAAAUCACAUUGGUAAAUCUCUGAUGUACAUGGAGUCCAAAGGAAAUGAAUUUGAGUCUAUCGAGUCAAUAAGAUCUAUGCGAACCACACAUAGAAUAGUGAAUCCAAGUAAAAAGCUUAAUACCAUGUCUUUCGACCAAAUUGUUAAAGAUCCUAACUUUAUGUUUGAUAUAAAAGGUGAUGAUGUUAUGGUGUUUCUUCAUAUGCAAAAGACAGGUGGUACUAGUUUUGGUCGCCAUUUGGUUCGUGAUCUUGAUCUUGAAGCUCCUUGUCAAUGUAAAAAAGGAAAGAAAAUUUGUAAAUGUAUUCGCCCAAAUUCAUCAUCGAGAUUAUGGCUUUUCUCAAGAUAUACGACUGGAUGGAAGUGUGGUUUGCAUGCUGAUUGGACUGAACUGGUCAAUUGUGUUGAUAGUGUUAUGAACCAAAGUGAACGCACUAAAGUCUCAGAUCGGCAUUAUUUUUUUAUCACUCUUCUUCGUGAACCAGUUUCAAGAUUUCUGAGUGAAUUUAGACACAUCCAGAGAGGUGCAACUUGGAAAAAUAGUCUACAUCUUUGUGGAGGUCGACCACCAGCACCAGAGGAAAUUCAACCUUGCUAUACUGGCGAUGAUUGGAGUAAUGUGUCACUACAAGAAUUUAUUUCCUGUCCAUAUAAUUUAGCAAUAAAUCGGCAAACUCGAAUGCUGGCAGAUUUAACUUUAGUUGGAUGUUACAAUCAUUCAAUCAUGUCGGAACAUCAACGUAAUACCAUUUUACUUGCUAGUGCUAAGGAAAAUUUAAAAAGGAUGGCUUUCUUUGGCCUUUGUGAGCAACAAAAAGUGUCUCAAUAUUUAUUUGAGUCAACCUUCAAAUUAUAUUUUCUUCAACCCUUCAUUCAACUUAAUGAAACUCAUUCUUCUUUGGCUCAAGACGAAUUGGAUAAAUCCAUGUUGGAUAAAAUUAAAUGGUUAAAUCACUUGGACAUUGAAUUGUAUCAAUACGCUCAAAAACUUUUAAAUGAAAGGUUGAACUUAAUGAAAGCAGCUGACCCUAACUUCAAUUACAACUUCAACCAUCUCGGUCUAUCCAAAAAAUCAGAGGCUAUGGUUAAUCGAAGUCAAUUUAUUUCAGAUGAUCCAGACGAAUUAUCGCCAGAAAUGAGAUUGAUCCGAAAAGUGGAACAGCUCAAGAAAAAGCGAUUAAGUGACAAAAAAGCUCAACAAACACUCUUAAUGCAACAUUCGCCGUAAAGACUCAAACAAACAUCACAAUGCAACAAACAAAUCUUAACUUGUGUUAAUGGAUGAUUUUCAAUCAAAUCCGAAAUUUGUUUUAUUAUGAUAAUCAAGUUUACGAUAAAUUUGAAAUCACCAAACACUUAUUUUUCUGUAAUGGACCCCAACUAGUUCGUAUUGUUACAGCUAUGGUUAUGGUUAGCUGUCUGUAUUAUAGCAUUUAAAUCUGAACGAUUCUUUCAAUUUCAUUUGUGAGUUAAUGGUUAGCUACUUAUUAAUUUUUGGCUUUUCCUUAAUUCAUCCGAAUAUUUGGAGAUCUCACCAUUAACACAAGCUGGGUUGUUAUCAUGCUUCAUCUUAAAUCGUCUUGUAUAUGAUAUCAAUAUAACUGCACAUUUCUAUUUUACAUUGUAUCAAUAUCAAUCUAACCUGGACAGAUCUCAUUUUACGAUUUCCAAUUCAUGUGCUUCCAAUAAUUAGCCAUAAUGAAUUUUUCUAUUGCAAAUCUUUACCAGAGAAGAAAUUAAACUCAAAAUUGAGAGUUCUGCUAAUCAGCCAAUGGAGUUGUGACUCUAGUGCCAUUCAUGUGAUCAAAGUGUUCUUCAGAAAAAAAACUGUUUCUUCUCUUCAUUUACCAUCAUCUUUCAACAUUAUUCAAUUAAUUUUCUUGUCAUCAUUUCUUUACCAACUUCAAAUCAAUUGAUCUCAUAUUAUUGUAUUGAUUGGAAAUUUAAAUCAUCAAUUUGAACCAUUUUUUGACCAUUUUUGAGAUCGUUUCAAUUUUAAUCCCAAUCGAUAUUUGUUUCAAUUAAUUAUGCAUCAAUGUUUGGUCAAAUGGUUACAAAGUGUUUGUGUAAUUUGACUCACGAAGAUGAAUAAAAAAGUCAAUGUUAAA